AACUUUAGGCCAAAACACUUGUUUUGCCAUCGGAGAUUGCCUGGACCUUGCACCUUAAGUGUUAGACCUGAAGGCUUACUUUUGAACAGAGUUUUAAGUCCAUCCUAAUAUAAUGGUAAAGGGUUGUUAAAGUAUAAAACAGUGUCGGACAGAAGUGCAGAAUAUCAGGUGUGAGGAGGUUUAAAACUUAACUAUUGUGUAAAAAGAGUCGAAAUCCUGUCCGAUUGUGAAUGUUCUGCUGGAUAAAACGAAUACUUAAAAUAGCAUUGCGUAAGUGAUUCGUUUUUCCUCACUAGAAACAUUGACAGAUAAAUACAUUUUUUUAGACCUUAAAAGUGACGAAAAUAUCCAGUAUAAUGAGCAAAUGAAAACAGGAUUGCCGAAAGUAAUUGCUGUUUUCUGUAUUGUCAGUCAUGUUAGACAUCAUCAUGUCACUUGAAGUAAAAGAUCACAGAAGCCUAGAACUAAAAGAUUCUGGAUUCAUUGGCCAUAGUUUGGUUGCUUUUGUAAUGGCCGCAAACGUUCUUGCUUCCGCCGGGCCCGGAACCUUAGAAUCCUGGUAGCCUUUCUAUCAGGACAGAUUAAUACGUUGCACUACCUACUUCCGGCGCUUGUUUGGCUGGCAGUUUAAAAUGGUAGUACUCUGUGUGUAACGCCUACUUUUAAUACCUAAAUGGCAAUGUUUUUAGACAAGAAAGCUGAGCGGACAACAAAGAGUCCUGCAUAACGCACUAAAGGAUUAGCGGCACUGUUUUAGUUGUAAUAUGUUCAAAAAGAUGACUGAAUUUGGUCCAGAUUCCGGGGGGCGCGUUAAGGGAGUGACUAUUGUGAAGCCUAUUGUGUUUGGGAAUGUUGCCCGCUACUUUGGAAAGAAGAGAGAAGAGGAUGGGCACACACACCAGUGGUCUGUGUAUGUGAAGCCUUACAGAAAUGAGGAUAUGUCAGCUUAUGUGAAAAAGAUCCAGUUCAAGCUACAUGAGAGCUAUGGUAACCCUCUGAGAGUGGUCACUAAGCCUCCAUAUGAAAUCACAGAGACAGGCUGGGGGGAGUUUGAGAUCAUCAUCAAGAUCUUCUUCAUCGAUCCCAAUGAGAGACCUGUGACCUUGUACCACCUGUUGAAGCUGUUCCAGUCAGAUUCCAGUGCCAUGCCCAAGAAGACAGUUGUGUCUGAAUUCUACGAUGAAAUGAUCUUUCAGGAUCCAACAGCCAUGAUGCAGCAGCUACUGACCACAUCGAGGCAACUCACCCUGGGAGCCUACAAACAUGAGACGGAGUUCGGUGAACUGGAGCAGAGGACCAAGGAGAAACUGGAAGUGGCAAAGAAGAGAACAAGCCAAGAGAUCGCGGAGCUGAAAGACAAACUCAAAGCCAGCAGAGAGAACAUCAACCACCUUAAGGCAGAGAUUAGAAAACUGGAAGAGGACGGAGACCAUAAAGAGCACUGAAAGAAGGACAAAUAUGCUUAUGGAUGCAAUCAGUUGUUGAAGCAAUUUUCUGUGCUCCUGCCCUCUCCAAGGAUUUAACAAACAAA